AUAGACGGCAGCAGCCCUUGCGGGGCAGGGGUCGGACUGUCCCAGGGAUGCGGCCACGCGGGCGCUAAGGGGCACGGGGGCGGCCAUGGCGUCGUCGGAAGGGCGGCCCGAAGAGGCCUCGUCGCGUUCAGGCGGCGGUGGCGGCUGCGGCACGCACGAUGGAUCGGACAACGCGGACGAGACGUCCAGCAUGGGCGAGUCGCCCAUGUGCCGCAUCUGCUUCCGUGGCUCUCGCGCCGGCAGCUUGCUGUCGCCGUGCAACUGCAAGGGCACCAUCGGGCUCGUCCACAAGGAGUGCCUCGAGGAGUGGCUCUCGCGACGAAACACCGACGAGUGCAACAUCUGCUCGUACCAGUUCAAGGUGGAGCGGACUCCGAAGAGCAUCUGGGACUGGCUCCGCGACCCGAGCAGCCGGCCGAACCGCUGGUACAUCCUGGUCGACAUGUCCCUGUCCCUAUUCGGCGGCGUCAUGCUGCUGGUGUCCGCCUGGCUGUCGGCCGUCGAGAUGAUCAGCGGCAUCUCGUCGGUGCUCGGUUGCGUGCUCAUCUGCAUCAUCGUGGUGCUCGCGGGGCUCAUCUGCAUCGCCGACAUCUACCUCAUGGUGCGCCACCACCACCAGGCGCUCGUCCAGUGGCGCCAGAACAACUGGGGCGUCCGGCUCGUGCUCCCCACCGGAGUGACCGAGAGCGCCGUCCCGUCGGAAACCAGAGGUCCACCGCCGCCGCCGCCGCCCUCGGAGCCACCUUCGAUGCCGUUGAACAGCACCGGCACCGCCGCAGCUACCGCGCCCGCCGCCAACACGACGACCACGACGGCGCCCCCCCAGCAGCAAGAUUCGACGGCCACUGAGAACCCCGUCGUGUGAAACUGC